AUGGCCCCUCCAGACCUCAAUUCUUUACCACCUUCACGCUCAAUGUCUUCCUCCCCAAUGCAGCCGAGAUCCAUGCACACAGUUACCUCUCCUCCAAAUCGACAAGAGACUCCCUCCCCUCGCAGCGCCUCCAUAUCGCUCGCCUCUGCCGCCAGCAUCAAUGCUGCUAAUGAGUCUAGAAGAUCUUCCCUGAGUAAUCGAGGCUCCCCCAGACUCGGCCGACUGCCCACUGAUCGGCGUCGCUCACAAGUCGCCAUUAACCUCAACCUGAACGACCCUUCCCUCCCCAGCCCAGGAGAACUUUCUAGCAGUGACCUGCGUGCCAGUUUCACAGACAGAGUGCCUCACAGCUAUGUCUCAGCAAGUCCACCCACCCUAGCGGGCCGUCCAACCAUCGCAACUGGCGACCCACACCACCAGCGACAACCCAGCCUCGGAGAGGUCCACAAUGUCCUGGAGCAAGAGCAAGAGGCACAGGUCAAUCGAAUGCUACAAAUGAUUCGGGAACAGCAAUUGCAGCUUGACGCCCUGCGUACGUCGUCCGAACAGUCCAGGCGACCUUCACAACCGGGCAACAGCACCGCCGUUAUCGAUGACCUUACGCCCGCUUCCGAGCGCUCAUUAUCCUUUCCCUCCGUCCAUCCCGCUGUUCCAGCUGGCACGCCUUUACCACGACGAGUCUCCUACACCCACCGACAUUCAAGCGCAAGCAGAUCUCCCCACCUCCAUGGCAUGGCUGAUGGUGGAGAAAGCCGAAAUUCCGAAUUCAUCUCCCCACCUUCCCCAAUCGAGACCAUUGGAAGAAGAAACAGUUUCCGCGACGAAAGCGCGUUCUACCAAGCUGAGACCGCGAAUCUGACGAGAGAGAAUCAGAUGCUCCGUAUGAGAAUUCGGGAAUUGGAGAAACAGAUCAGUGACAUGAGCACGGCUCCUGCCAACACACCUGCCAUUCCCAGCAAUCUGGUCACCAGCCCUCCCGUCGAGGCUGAAGAGGAAGCAUCUGCCGCAGCGGAAGUGGCACGAAAUACGGGAGAUUCGGACAAGACAUGA